AUGGGGGAUGAGAACAGCCUGUCUCGGCAGAUAGAGAGUGUGGAGAGGAGCGUGGUGUUCCUGAGGCAGGAGCACCUCACUUUGCUCCACGGCCUCCACCUGGAGAUCCUGUCCCUGCAGAAGCGAUGCUCAGAGUUGACAAGCGAGCUGAAGGUGAAGCCUCCGGGCAGGAGUCAGAUCGAAUUGCAGGAGGAAGAGGAGCUCCUGGAGGCCCACUGUCGGGAUGUGGAGAACCGUCUGGCGGAGCAGGAGUGCACCUUAGGAGAGCUUCGUAAGGAGCUCACUCACAAAGGGGCUCUGGUGGGAGCCCUCAGAGCCAAUCUCAAGGAAAAGGAGCGCCACUUUCUGGAGGAGUUGAAGCGCCGCAGCCACUGCUCGACCGUCCUCAACACAGAGCUGCAGAAGCAAACGGAGGCAGCAGCGUACCUCUCCUUCCAGCUGCAUGCUGCCAGGCAGAAACUGCACCACCAGCGGAUGCAGCAGAGGCAGGGACUCCUCGCCAGAGCCAAUAGUCAGGGGGCCCAGUAUAGUGCCGAGCAGAACUCUGUUUCUUCACAGAUGCUGUCCGAAGCCUCUCCUUCCUCCCCCGUGGUUAAACCCAAGCGGAAGAGCGUCAGGGCAUCCUCGAGAGUGGAGCGCGCCCGGGAGUGUGUGCCCAUAGAGAAAGUGAUGGGUCCUGCAGAGCCCACGGCCAUGCCCGACCCCGCGCUCUUCCUCCACCCUCGGAGGCACAGAGCUCGCUCCAGGCACGCUCAGAGACAACCUCCGCUGGGCCUGGAGAAGGAAAAUGAGGAGGAGGGAGGUGGAGAAGGGCCAGUGGAGCCCAAGGAUGAAGCUGCCAGACUGGUGUCUUCAGCAGCAGCGCCCCCUGCUGCUGAGACGAAGGCAGAUUAAUAACUACUUCGACGUGUGCUUUUAACUACUGUAUGAUUCUCUCCUGUCAGACUGUUAAUGCUGUUAACUGUUCUGCACCUUGACUGAAUUGAUACUGAGGCUGAUUUUAGUUAUUAAUGAUAUUACACUUACAACAGACAGUUUUUUUUUUUUUUUUUUUUUUUAAUGGACUUUGAUAUAACCUUAAAUAACUUGCUAAGCAGAAGUCAGUGUCACUUUAAGUCCGUCUUUGAAAUGAGGAGGGUCUGUUUACACUGCUGUUGAGCGCUCUGUAUACUGCGGGGCCUGUUUUCCAAGUAGGCCCCUUUUGAUUUAUAGUGAGUUUAAAGUGGACUCCAAGCCCAGUUGGGUGACCCAAACAACUGUGAGCUUUCAAGGCCAACCGUAAAUCAGACCAUGUGGCCAAACGUUUGUGUGGCCACCGACUGAGUCACAGCUGAAAAUAUAUGAGAUGGUGGACACUUCCAGAAAACUAUUGAUCAAAGUAUGUUUCCCCUUUCUUUAAAUAGAACAGAAUAGAAACAGUAACUUGCAAUUCUUUCUUUUUUUAAUUUCUUUUUUUUAAAAAUCCAUGAUCACUAAACACCACACUGCUACAUACUAGGUUCAUAUAUCAUAUUUUACACCUUAUCCACAGAAGAUACUUGUCUGCCUGGCUGGGAGGUGUCCACUCUGGAGUUGUUUAUCUCUGCGACAGUGAACCGAGGCCGCAACAACAGAGGGCAGUGCGACAAGAAACAAUGUUUGAGGGCACAACAGGCUGGUCAGCAGUUUUAAAAUCACUGUGCAAGGUACUAAGUGCUCGUAGCGACAAUAAUAAAGCUUCAGUUAGCUUUCCCUGGUGAGGUAGACCUUCUUCGCAGCAGAUAAUGACAAUAACGGUUAUUACGGUCCCUUUAGGUGUCUCAGGAAGCUUUGCCACUGAGCCAGGAUGCACAACAGUCGGGCUGCUUCUGAAAUAACUGUCUUGCUCAUUUCUUUCACUUCUCCUUAUAGCAUAUGCACUGAAUUGUUUACUCAAUGGUACAUAGUAGCAGUAAACACAGUUUUUGAAACAUCAUCAUCAUCAUCUCGUCAUUACUGACAGCUUUAGAGGUGCACAGCAUAGAUUUUCUCAUCAGUAUUAUGCACUGCAUUAGAGCCCGACCGAUACUGAUUUUAGGGAGUAAGAAAUAGUGAUAUCAUUAUGUUGGCUAAUACUUUUUAUAUAUGUAACAGUGAUAUUGAAAAGUAAAUAUUGUUGAUUACCUUUCCA